AUGAACUCUGCUCCAUCGCUUGCUUCACUAGCUGAGAAAAGCCUUGCGAACUAUGUGCUAGGCGGUGGACUCCUCCCUGUGAACAAUAAUGCAGCGUUCAUCCGUGAAACGACAGCCGUUACGGUCACGAUUGUUGAUGGGAAGGAUCGCGUCAUCGCUUGUGGUGCCAUUUCGCCUUACUCAGUCAAGCAGGCGUACUGCGUUCUUGGAGAGGUCGAUGAUGGCUACAAAAACCAAACAAUUUGGAUUGAGGAAGCACCGAACUCCAGGAAGGAGGCACGGAUCUAUCGAAUCACCGACAGUGUGCCGCAUAUUGUCGACAACACAGCGCCUACCUUAUUCGAGACGGUGUUCUCUGAUCAUCAGGGCAGCUCCACGAUGAAGAAGGAUUUGGCAGGAAUUACAGAUGGAACGCAUCGUAUCGAAUGGUCGAUGGUCGGCCUUACUAUGUGA